AUACGGCACGUGCGACCGAAGAGGCAAGGCACUCUUUUCAUCGUCAAACUCAAACCCUAUCAUCAUCUUCUCCGAUUCGUCUCUCUCAUGAAAUCAAUCAAACUCUUCAUCGAACCUAGGGUUUCUUCCCCGAUCUUGAAGAACCUCAGAUCACUACCAUCGCCAUCAAUUUUCUGAUGAUUACUUCUUCUACACUCAAUCCUACACCAACAACAAUCACCGAUCACUCGUCUACCACCACCGUCACCGCCGCCAUGGCGGCCUCAGUGGACGAUCUCGGACCAGAUUCAUGGGAGGUCGCCGACUUAGACGCCACUAUGAGCCGCUUGAUGUUAUCUUCGUCUUCCAACAACAACAACACCUACGAUUCAACUACUACAGCUAAUUCUAAUUCUAAUUCUCCGUCGGAAUUUGAUACUGAUGCUCAGGAUAGGUCGUCAUCAGGCGGUGUGUUGGAGAAUUUGGUGAAUUCUGUUGAUCAGUUUCUUCGUGAAGCUUUGCAAAACCCUAGGGAGCGCCUUUCAGUACUACGGAUGGAGCAAGAUGUUGAGAAAUUUAUUAAAGAUCCAUCACAACAACAAAUGGAGUUCCAGCAGUUGCCUACUUCAUACCUUCGUUUAGCAGCACAUCGUGUUGCUCAACACUAUUCGCUCCAGUCCAUGGUUUUAUUAGACAACAACCUUCCGGAUGGUUCUGCUUCCCGAAUCAUCGUUCGUAAGACUUCUGAGUUUCGGCUUCCAUUAAUUCGUUUAGCAGACAUCCCUGUUAACAUACCAACAGAAGACAACCUUAGCAGUAGCGUUGUUAAGGUUGCAAUUAAACAACGUCCUAACAAACGAUCACAAGUAAGCGGAGGACUAAACUCAAGUUCUUCGAAAAACAACAGUUUAAAGAGCGUGGAAGAGAGAAAAGAAGAGUAUAAUCGAGCACGUGCAAGAAUAUUUAGCUCUAGUUCUAGCUCUAGUGAAACAAGAACGCAAGAAGUUAUACAGCAUAAUAGUUCAUUACAAACUUCAAAAACCGAAGACGUAUCUGUUGCUGAUGUCAGCAUUGGUCGGGCUUCAGUUGAUUCCUCUGCAGGAAGCAGUAGACCUGGUAGAAGCAGGACCGAAAAAGAGCCAGUUGUGAGGUCAAGAAGCAAUAGCAGAGUGGCUAUUUUUCGUGACCGUGAAGUUGAACGGAAGGAUCCCGAUUACGACAGGAACUACGACAGAUAUGCACAAAGAUUUGAUCCAGGGUUUGGGUUUAACGGUGGCUCAUAUCCUAUACAGCCAUUGUAUACACCGGUUUUGAACUACAACACUGAAUUUCCUCAGCUUGGUUCAGCUCAUAGGUCUCCUAUUUCUACCGAACACCAACCUCAUGCACUCCCUCAGCAUUUACCAGGCCCAUGGGUCCCACCAUCUUCACCUGCAGGAAUAGGCUACAGGCCUCCAGAUGCGAUGAUGGCUCCAUUUAGUCCCAGCCACGCGGGGCCUCAUUCAGUCUCCACGCUAUAUUUGCAGUAUCCAUGUCAGCGGCCUGGGAUGACUUUCAUUCAUCCUCGUGACCAGAUUAAUCAACAUUACGCACAUUCUCAGCAGCAGCAAUCUGAUGCAAGUUUUGGAUUAGCCCGGCCCCGCUGAGGGGCUUGGGCCAUGCCUGCACCCUGCCAGAGCUUUCGAAUCGCCACGUUUUAUCUGAGCUGGCCAGGGUGCAGGCAUCGUCUACCAGGGUUGACUGGGAUGAACAUAAUAUUCGAUUUGUUACUUAUUUGGUUCAUGUCAUCAAUCCUGGUCUUGAGAGCUUCAUUUGCUGUAGCUCGUUAGUUCCAACGGUUGUGUUGACUAGCUCUAUGAGAGCUUUGCUUUGCCAUUGAUGACAACAAAGAAUGAUAAAAACGGAAGAUCGUCGGAGCUGCAAACAUACACCUCUCUUCCAAGCCAUGCAUAGUAGGGGACAAUCAGGGUUACGGCUUGUGGAUUCUUGUGAAAGAAAAAGGCUUCGAUCAUAUCGCUCUUUUGUUGGGUGAAGAAACGAGAGUGGCAUGCAAUAACAGUAGUGGAUUGGAAUGUAUAAAUCUUUGUUUAGAAGUUUGAAGCUUGUGUGUCACGGCUUAUGCUUUUUAUUACAACUUCAUUCCUGCAUUAUUUACUUUUAAAAAAAUGUUGAUUGUCGGUUAAGGAUUGGGACA